AAAAUAGAUUCGUUCAACCGUAGUAGUUUUCCGGAUGGUUUUGUGUUUGGAGCAGGAUCAGCUGCUUAUCAGGUUGAAGGUGCUGCAAAUGAAGAUGGUAGAGGCCCAUGUCUGUGGGAUACUUACAUUCAUAAUUAUCCAGAGAGGAUAGUGGACCGUACUAAUGGAGAUGUUGCCAUUGAUUUUUACCACCGGUACAAGGAAGAUGUAGGGAUCAUGAAGGGAAUGGGUCUUGAUGGCUACCGGUUCUCAAUCUCAUGGUCCAGAAUUCUACCACAUGGGAAUCUAAAUGGAGGUGUGAACUGGGAAGGAAUAAAGUUCUACAGCAACCUCAUAGAUGAGCUAAAAAACAAUAGUAUUGAGCCUUACGUGACUCUCUUGCAUUGGGAUCUUCCCCAAGGCUUAGAAGACCUGUACGGUGGUUUCUUGAGUCCUCUAAUUGUGGACGAUUUUCUUGACUAUGCGGAUCUUUGCUUCAAAUCUUUUGGUAAUCGAGUGAAGUACUGGAUCACGAUGAAUGAGGCACUGGCCUUGAGCACUGCUGGAUAUGAUAACGGUAAUUUCCCUCCUGGUCGAUGCUCUUCUUGGCAGCAAAAUAAUUGCACAGGAGGUGAUUCGGGCACCGAACCAUAUAUUGUGACACACAACCAGAUUCUUGCUCAUGCUGCUGCUGUAAAAUUAUACAGAGAGAAGUAUCAGUCGGAACAAAAGGGAAAGAUAGGGAUUUCCCAUCUUACAAUCUGGCCGAUACCUUACUCUAAUUCGAGUCUCGAUCAUCGUGCUUCGAUUCGAUUUUUGGAUUUCACACUUGGAUGGUUUAUGGGUCCACUUGUAGAUGGUGAAUAUCCUCUCACCAUGCGAGCUCUGGUUAGAGAACGACUUCCUAAGUUCUCUGCAAACGAAUCCGAGAUGAUAAAGGGGUCAUUUGAUUUCAUUACCAUAAACUACUACAUUGCAUUUUAUGCAAAACAUAAUACCAACUAUAGUGCUGUAAACUUAAGUUACACGACAGAUGAUCGGGUCACUCUUACAGCUGCGAGAGAUGGGGUCCCUCUGGGUGAACAGUUGGGCUCCAUGAUGCAGGUUUAUCCGAAAGGGCUUUGGCAUCUUCUACUCUACAUAAAGAGAAGAUAUAAUAAUCCAGUUAUUUACAUUACAGAAAGUGGUAUUUUUGAUGCUGAUAAUGGCACAUUGUCGCUUCAGGAUGCCCUCAAUGACGAAGCAAGGAUCAAGUACUACUAUCAACAUCUGGCUUUUAUUCUAAAAGCAUUCAAGGACGGCGUCAAUUUGAAAGGAUACUUUGCAUGGGCAUUAAUGGACACUUUUGAAUGGAAGUUCGGUCACACUAUUCGUUUCGGCAUCAACUACGUAGAUUUUAAUGAUGGGUUGAAAAGAUAUGCAAAACUCUCGUCCCAAUGGUUCAAGAACUUCCUACAAAAAUAA